AUGAGUUCGCCGCCGCCGUGCUUCUGCCUGCCUUUUCUGCUACUCUUAUUAACAUUCAUCGAGAGCGGCAACGGUCCUGCGGUCGCCUCUGGUAAGGGGCUCGCCGGCGAAGGUGGGAAGACCAGCAUAGUCUUCUCUACCGUAGGGCGGAGCCGCUACGAAUUCGACAUAUUCAGCCUCCCCGUACCUUCGUCCUCCCAGAGCAGCAGCGGUGAUUUCGCCGAGCUCCUGCUUUCCGACGGUCUCUCUGUCAAUUACAACGGUUUCUUCCCCACCGAUCCCUCCUCGCUCCUCUCUCUCCUCCCCGUCUCUGGCCAGGUCACCCCCUCCUCAGCCGACGAUGGUAAUAAUCCCCUGGAAGCCCUCGUCUACGUCAGCGAGAGGAACGGCUCCUCCAACAUCUACCUAAACGUCUACCGCUCCGCCGCCGGCGGCCGGAGCAACAGAAGGUCGGCGCUCGAUGUUCCGACGGGGCUAAACCUUCCACUUCUUCGUCCCAAGGGCGAGGCUCGUUUCUCACAGAGAGACAGGCCUUCUGUGUACGGUGAGCACCUGAUCUACGUCUCCACCCACGAGGCACCCGGCGUCCCCAGGAAGAGCUGGGCGGCGGUCUACUCCACCCACAUCCCCUCCGGCGAGACAAAGCGGCUGACCCCUCCCGGCGUCGCCGACUUCAGCCCCGCCGUGUCGCCCUCCGGCGACUGGACGACGGUGGCGUCGUCGGGUUACAGAGGGUACACCGGCGAGACCCGCGACCUCCAGACUCACAUCGCCGUGUUCAGGACGAGGGACGGCUCCGAGCGGACCGUCGUGGUCGACCAUGGCGGCUGGCCCUGCUGGGCGGACGACUCCACUCUCUACUUCCACCGCCUGAGCGACGACGGCUGGUGGAGCAUCUUCAAGGCCACUGCCAUCGGGGGAGGCUCACCCGUCGCCGUCGACCGGGUCACCCCUCCCGGUCUCCAUGCCUUCACUCCGGCGUGUGGGAACGGGUUCCUCGCCAUGGCAACCAGGAGACCUUCCUCCGAGUUCCGGCACAUCGAGCUGCUCGACCUCGCCAGCGGGGUGUUCGUCGAUGUAACCAGGCGGGUCUCCCCGGAUGCUCACCACUUCAACCCCUUUGUCUCCCCCGAUUUCGCUCGAAUUGGGUACCACCGUUGCAGGGGCGGGGCCACCGCCCUGCUCCUGGAGAAUAUACAGAGCCCCGACUCGGAGAUCUCCCUCUUCAGGCUAGAUGGGUUCUUCCCUUCCUUCUCCCCCGACGGGGGCCGGAUUGCCUACGCGGGGCUGCCCGGUCUGUACGUCAUGAACGCCGAUGGCUCCGGCAAGCGGGAGGUUUUCUCCGGCAACGCUUUCGCGACCGCUUGGGAUUGGAAGAGGAAGGGGGUCAUCUACACCAGCCACGGCCCUGACUUCGCCAACGAGAGCACUGAAGUGGACGUGAUCUCCAUCGCCGUUGGAGAAGACGAGCUGGGCUCCCCGUCUCCGUCCAUUAAGAAGCUGACCGCCGGUGCACAGAACAACGCCUUCCCUUCCCCAUCGCCAGACGGGAAGUGGGUGGUGUUCCGCUCCGGCCGGUCGGGGCACAAGAACCUGUAUAUCAUGGACGCAGUGGAGGGAGAAGCGAAGGAGCUCCGCCAGCUGACCAGCGGGCCGUGGACGGACACGAUGUGCAGCUGGUCGCCAGACGGUGAGUGGAUCGCCUUCGCUUCGGACAGGGACAACCCAGGCGGCGGGAGCUUCUCCAUCUUCUUCGUGCAUCCCGAUGGAACGGGCCUGAGGAAGGUGGUGCAGAGCGGGCAUGGCGGAAGGGCCAACCACCCCUACUUCAGCCCCGAUGCCCGGCGAAUCGUGUUCACGUCGGACUACGCCGGCGUUUCUGCAGAGAUCAUUUCCACUCCGAACCAGUUCCAGCCCUACGGCGAGAUCUUCGUCGCCAACGUCGAUGGAUCGGAGAUCCGAAGGCUCACCCAUAAUGCCUACGAGGACGGAACUCCCUCUUGGGGGCCAACCUUCAUGAAGCCUGCCGACGUCGGGGAGCACCUGCCUGAAAAUUAUCGCUGCAAGUUCGAUGAUCAGCGAUGGCUCCGCUCGCAGGCACGCCAUACAGAGGAAGUCACUUGCUUGAAAUCUCCAUGA